AUGGCGGCAAGCGCGAGGGCGCAGAAGCCCGUCGGCUCAGCACCAUGGAUUGCAGCAGAGAAGGAAAACAUGGCCGAACUAGUGGAACAAGAAAUGGAAGAAGUGGAAUAUCCUGUCCGACACGAAAUGGAUUGGUUGAAUGAACAUAUGACCGAGAUCUUCUCCAAGGGCCAGACGAACUUUGCGGACGUGUUCAAGACUCCCGGAAAGAUGAGAGGCAAGACGCCUCGAACUGCUCGAAAGCGUAUCCCCGAGGAGUCUCGAGUGCCCUUGAGUGAAAUAUUCUCAUCCGCCCAGAAACAAUUGGAAAACCAAGGCAGCCCGAGCCCAUUCAUUCAUCGAAUUGUUUCUAAGCCCGCUCCCGUGGCGGCAUCGCCUGUGCCCCGCACCAAGAACGUGCCUGAGGAAGCUUCGCAAUCCGAAUACCCUGAUCUCACCCAAAAUCUGAACUCGUUCCCAACAUACAAUACUGACUCGGGCUAUCAUGGCAUGCCCGAUGAUGAUGAAAUGGUACUGCCUGACGUGCAACAAGAAUCACAGGCUUCUACCCAGCCUUUUGAAGACGACGAACGCAUGAAUCUGGGUACUCAAGAGGUCGAAAUUUCGGUUGGUCAACAAACAAAUGAAGAUUCCUUCCACUCUGCGCGGGAAGAGAUCCGCUCCCGCGGAGAGACUGUCGAGCCGAACAAGAACCCAACUCCAAUACAGGAGCGAACAACGCUUCCGGCUACAUCGAUUCCCAAAGAAUCUGAGACUGAAAUAAUCUCGACUCCGACUAAGAACACAGAAUCGAAGCCAAAUGUUGAAAUCUCGGAAAAGCAACCGAACGAGGAUCCUGAACCACCAAAGGAGAGUAAUUUGGCAGUCUCAACUCCUGAUCCAUCCCCAGAAAAGGCCCCAGUAUCCCCGGUGGCUUCACCUAUCCAGACGCAAGAGUCUCACCUAGUAGACAGGGAUAUGGAGGAUGCUAUUGAAGAUCCUACGAAAGACGACACAGUUCUCGACAAUCUCGAUGAUAUCGGCUCUCCUUCAGAUGGUUCUACUCCAGAGCGGCCAUUCGCUCGUAAAAGCAGCCUGAGCUUUGCCACCCUUCCUGCGCGGGAACCUUUGAAGACUCGUACAAGCCAUAUUGACCUAGCGAAAAUGAGUACCGCAGGGCGUCCCAGUUACUUUGGCAGGCAGACUGGCGGCCAAAGGUUUCCGCAAGCUACAGCAGAUGAUAAUUCCGGUUCCAGAGCGUUAGAAAUUGAUGAUGAGAAAGAACCAAGUGAAGAAGUGGAUCCUGAGCAGGCUACCAGGAUACACAGCAAAAAGUCUACCCAGUCCUUGCAUGAUAGAAUCAGCAUGCUAGGCAAACUCCCGCCAUCUCGACCCAGAAAGUCAAUCCCAUCCGCUUCUGGGCUACCAGCUGGUCAGGUUCCCUACCCAGACCUUGCAGCUUCCAAGGCUGAGGCAAAGUCUGAAGCUUCGAAUGAAAGGGCACAUGAGUCUUCCACUGCAGAGCCUAUGUCGGUGGACGAUGACUGGAUCAAGCCUCUGAGCUCUCCCCAAAAAUCUGAGCUUUCGAAGAGCAAGACCACAGAUGUAAUGGAGAAGCUUGCUGAAUUCGAAAAGGCGCGAGCGGUCAACAAAAAAGAUACAUUGAAAACAGAGCCUGAACGUCCCAAAUCAUCCGCCUCGAUAUUUUCUUCCCCACGACCGCACAGUCACCAACAAAACUCUUCUUUCUCUCAUGGCGUUGCCGAUGCGUCUACUACCCCGACGGGCUCGCCGAGGCGCUUCGAUGGUCAUAUCAGUGCAUCAAAACUGAAACUGCACUCGAUUAUGAAAUCUGCCAAAGGCUUAUUCUCAAGCACUGGCAACACCCCCCGGAUGGAACCCUCAUCGCCUGAGCCAGCACGCCUCCAGUCAACUGCUGACAUAUUUGCUAAAAAUGCCAAACAUCUCUCUCAACCACUCCCUCUUCCUAUCCCCAGUCCUCAACGUCCGGAAGGCCGUAGGACACGAAGCUCAACUGAGAAAGAAGAGAAACGGCGCCAGCACGAACGGCAAGAACAGGAGCGUGAGGAUCAAGAAGAAGAAGCGCGUGUUGAGAGAGCUCGGGAACAAGAAAAGCAAAGAGCCCUCCAGGUUAAAUCCGCUCAAGACAAUUCGUCAGUCGAGCCAGAAGAGAGGGCAGGCUCGGUAGUACACAAGACCUCGCAGUCACAGCGCCAACAAUCGCGCGAACCUGAAUCGGUUCAGGGGUCUAGCUCAAGAUUUGCGAUCCCUCAGCCCAAGCAAAAUGACCGUCGUCCUCUCAAACCCACUCGCGAGCCCAUGAAACGCCCAACGCCGCAACCCAUGUCGAUUCGUGUUGGCAGCACCAUGUCUCGCCAGCAACUCCCUGUCCCAUCAUCUCAGGAGUCGAUUGUGUCCGUAGCUAGCUCUGCCCCGAAACCAACUCUGAAAAAGAAGGGUAGCAAUGCAUCCUUACAUGCGUCAUCUUCUGCAAGUAGCUUUAAGAGCUCCGUUUCCAGUCAAACGCAAGCCCAGCGCAAGGCUCAGGUCGCCAGCGACCGCAAGAAGGAGCAAGAACGUGAGGCACGCAAGAAGGAGGAACAAAAGCGUGAGCUAGAACGCAAACGCGUUGCCCAGCUGCAACAGCAACAACAGGAAGAGGCCCGUCGCCAGGAGAUGCGGAGUCGUGCUGAAGCUGAACGGGAACGCCAGGCUGAACGGGAGCGUCAGGCCGAAAGAGAGCGUCAGGUAGAACGGGAACGCCAGGUUGAACGGGAACGCCAGGCCGAACGGGAGCGCCAGGCCGAACGGGAGCGCCGCGAACGGUCAGCUCAGGAAGAUCCAAACAAAGCUGCCCAUAUGGAGGUAAUCAAAAGGAGACAAGCAGAGAAUGCUCGGAAGCAUGGCAGGCAAGGCAGCCAGCAGAUAGUUAACGAGGGACCAAUUCUACAGCAUGAGCAGACAUAUUCUCAGUCUUCGCAGCGAAGUGAUCUGGGUUCUUCCCGCCCUGCUUCUCGAUUGGGUAGCUCAAUUCAGCCAUUCGGUGGCCGCAGCAUCAACCCACCCCCACCUAAUCCCGCCAAGCCGCCAAAGAGAGGCAAUGAUGAAGCCAACCACCGACCCGCGCAGUCUAAACCCAGUAACGUGCAAUCAACUGGCGAGUUCAAACGGCGAAAGACAGAGGAUGAGCACAAUCCUAUGCCACCUGUGCGCACAAUGGCGCAGCCCAUCCGUCAAUCAAAUAUCAGAAAGGACUCUAUGAAGCCUUCUACCCUUGGCCGUGGGCAGUCUUCCAUCGCGCCCCAGUCGGGCUCUUCCAGCUACAGAAAUGCUCAACCUCAACGUCCUGCUCACCCGAUAAUCACGUACACGAACGGCAAGAUACCGUUUGCUGAACCAAAUCAUGCGCCUCCUCCACCAAGCGCACAUAAGGCUGCUCCCAGCUCCGCUCAGCGCCCAUUAGCCAAGUCAUCUCCCAAGUACCCCAAUGGCGAAAAUAUCCAUUUGCCGGAGAUCAACACUGACAGUGAAGACGAUGACGACUCUGACUCUGAGAUGUUCCCUGUUCCCAAGUGGGCACAGGCGAAGGAACUGGAAGGUCUUCUCCGGCAGCAGGAUGGUAUGGAAGUUGACUCGAUCUUCGGGCCAAUUGCACCAUUCUCACUUGAAGAAACCUUCAAGGCCGACAAGAAAGUCAAGAAAUACCGUGACCGCACCAGCAGUGCAAACUGGUCCGGACCUGAUGGACUUACUCAAGAGGAGAUUCGGAGGGAUGUUGCCGAACGACAGCGGCUGCGACUCAAUGGUGGUUGGAGAUUCAACACCUAG